AAUAAUCCGGACCAUUAUUCUUAAAGAAACAAAAUCCCAAGCACAAAUGGGAGAAAUGGUCUAAUCGGUAAUUGUUGUCUGUAUUUACUCAAAUACACGCACCCUAUUGCUAUUGCCGGGGGAAAUGGUGGGUUUUCUGGAAAUAGAAUUAUAUAUAGAGCUGGUGCGAUGCAUCCGAGGUUUUUGUUCAUUUCUUUGGUGCAAUAAUUCAAUACCCUGAAAGGAAGAAAAAUAAAAAGAAAAUAACCCAGAAAAUUUGUCAAAGGGGGGGAAGAAAAAAUUGAAGUUAAUGGAAGGAUGUUCAAAUUUGAGAGAUGAUUCAUUGUUGCACGAAGUUGAAAAUGCUAAGGGGAAAGUUGGAUUUGGUUUUGAUCUCGAUUUUCCAAUUGAGGAAUGUAGGUUUGAUGCAUAUAAGGAAAGGCUAAGGAGCUUGUUUGAUCAACUACUUGUGGCUUUUAUGAGAGAAAAGUCUGUCAGCAAAUGCAUUAGGCCUCUUCCGGCUUUGUGCGAUGAUGGACAAGCAAUUGAUUUGUUUAAGCUCUUCUGGGUAGUUUGGAAAAUAGGUGGAUACAGUGCUGUUUCGAGGAAUAAAUUCUGGAGAUUUGUUGUAGAGGAAUGUGGAUUGAGCUGUGGAUCAAUUCCGUCCCUUAAGUUGAUUUAUAUGAAGUAUUUGAAUGAGUUGGAUCAAUGGUUGCGACAGGUUUUUGUAGAUAGGGAUCUGAAGGGUGAAGAGAAUGGCGUUGUUCAGAAAUUAGAAUUAUUGUGUCAGGAGUUGAAGACAAGGUUCUGUCUUCUGUCAUCGGAUAGACAAGAAGAGAUAGAAAAUGAUGUUCAGAAUGGAAAGGACAUCCAUUCUGUUAACAGUAUAAGUGAAUUACAUUCUUUGGAGAUAGGAAGAAUAACUGAGGGGGUGGAUGUUAAGGAACAUUUCUGUCGUGAUGAAUAUGAAAAAAUUUGCAAUAAUGAUGACCAAAAUCUUCCAUCCUCAGCCCAGAGGGUUGUUGAAAACGUCAUUUGUGAAAUGCAUGAUGAUUCAGAUAGAAGCAUUAACCAUGAUUUUGCUGCAGCAGCCAAGAGGAUAGUCAGAAAGGUUGUCAAUGAAGUACAUGGAUUUUCUAAAGGACAAAUUGAUUACAGAUAUCGAAAUUCUUGUCUUGAAGAUGAUGCUAACAUCGUGAUAUCGGCCAAGAAAGUUGUUGAGAAAGUCAUUGAAAAAGUACGUAAAAAUGCACAAAAAAAUGCUGAUGAUGAGUAUAAAAAAUUCUCUGCCCUAGACAAUGAUGGUAACCUGGCAUCAGCUAAGAAGGUGGUUGAGACAGUCAUUUGUAAUAUGCAGGUUCUUUCAUGUAACAUUACUGAGGAUGUUGGAAGGUUGAGUACCCAAAAUGACCAAGAUGCUGUGAUGUCAGCCGGUAGUGUCGUUGGGACUGUGUUUGAUUCUCAGAAGAGGAAACGAGAAUCUCAAUCUGUGUCGGAAAUGUUAAAUUGGCUCAUCCACACUGCGAAACAUUCUGAUGAUCCUGCAAUUGGGAAGAUACCCGAGUCUUCCAACUGGAAGGAUCAAGGUAAUGAAGAGUUGUGGUUCCAGUCUCUGCUAGUUCAUGAGGCGCUGUUGGUAAAAAGGCACGGUGAUAUAAGUACAGAUGAAUCUGUCCAUCAGGGCCAACAGAAGAAGCUUAGGAUGCAUCCUUCUAUGUAUGAAGAAGACAAUCUCGACCGCCAAGCUUCAGAGAAAGUAAGAUGCAGUAAAAGAGCUUCUUUAACAAAAUCUCUCUUGUGUUCAUGUUGCAAUGCACCCACGGUCACUAAAAGUAAAGUUGUUAACGGUCAAAUGGUAGGAGUCAGGAAUGGCACAAAAGAAUCUGUGGUGGUCUCUAUUGAGAUACCGCCUCUAGAUCCACAAGGUCCCAAUUCCUGUGGCAUGCCAGCAGAGAAGCAAGUUUCUGUGGGCCCUCUCUUUCAAGCCGGAGUCCCUGAAUGGACUGGUUUUCCCCUCAACAGUGAUUCUAAGUGGUUAGGAACAAAAAUGUGGUCCCCAGAAGAUGGUAGAAUCAAAUCCAUUGAUGAAUCGGAUCCUUUUACAAUGGGAAGACAGCAUAAAUGUUAUUGUCGAUUUCCACAUUCUGUUGAAUGUGUUAGGUUUCACAUUGCUGAGAAGAGGUUUAAGUUAAAGCACGAACUCGGUUCUCUGUUCUACCAUUGGCGAUUUGAUCGCAUGGGGGAGGAGGUUUCACUUUCAUGGACAAAAGAAGAGGAAAAGAGAUUCAAGGAUGCAAAAAGCGCACAUGCUUCUGUCCGAAAUAAGUUCUGGAACAAUGCUUCCCGAUUUUUACCUACCAAGACUCUGGAGAAAUUGGUUAGCUACUACUUCAAUGUUUUCCUCGUCCAGCGUAGAAGCUACCAAAACCGGGCAACGCCAAAUGAUAUUAACAGUGAUGAUGAUGAAAAGGGGUGUGGAUCCGUAGGCGAUAGUUUUGGGUGUCAAGCAGUUACGGUUCCUGGCUGGAAGUUACUUACAUGCACACAGAAUAACGAAUCUGCUGAUUUGGCGUAGUAUAUGACUGAGGUUCAUGCUUUUUCUGCAGUUUAUGCAUAACAUUAAGCUUCUAUAUUUACAGAUGCAGCAUUCACUACUACUGAAAAUGAUCGGCUUCUCCAAUAACAAAUAAUAGAGAUGGAAGAUGUGGCGAUUUGGUGGUGGAUGUGGCCGUCUUACCUAAUCCCAGACGAUCCGUAAUGCUUUCGCCGAGAACAAGCUAAAUUUUGCGGUCACAUACGGGAAAAUAGUAUCGGACUAUUGAGUUUCGACUUUAGUUAAUUGUGUAAUAUACAUAGACAAUCAACUGCAGAGAGGUCACCAAACUUGGUUUUUUUCUUUUUUCUUUUUUUCAUGUAACAUAAUCCUUUGUUCAUAAAAACACUUUUUGGUUUGUAGCCAUCUUUGUCACGAGCGCUCAUGCUUAGUGUUGUUUGAUGUGCCUGUUGGGAAUUUGGUUGAAUGUCUUUAGAACUAC